AUGCCUGUGGCCACAUUACCACGGUACGAAGUGCUCAAUCAGCCACACUCGCAGAGAUCAAAAUGGAAGAUCAUUUGUGUAGGGGCAGGCGCCUCAGGACUCUACCUUGCUUUUCGUUGCGAGAAGCGUAUGAAGGAUUACGAGUUAACUAUCUAUGAGAAGAAUUCCGAGGUUGGCGGUACAUGGUUGGAGAAUACCUACCCCGGAUGUGCAUGCGAUGUUCCAUCCCAUAUUUAUACUUACAGUUUUCGCCCAAACCCCAAUUAUACGCAAUAUUAUGCUGGCCACGUGGAAAUUGAGGCAUAUUUCAAAAAAUUUGAGCAAGAAUACAAUCUUAGUAGGUUCAUACAAUUCGAUACCUCUGUGGUAAGAGCAGAGUGGAAGGACAACGAAGGGAUCUACGAAGUCGAGAUCCGCCGUGGAGAUGGCACCAUUGAGAAAGAUUGGUGCAACACGUUGAUUAAUUGCUCAGGAGUCCUCAAUGAAUGGAAAUGGCCUGAUAUUCCGGGCCUACGAUCUUUCAAGGGCGAACUCCUACACUCCGCAAAGUGGAACCAUGAUGUAAACUAUGAGAAUAAGAAGGUUGGUAUCAUAGGAGCGGGCAGCUCUGGUAUUCAGAUCACACCAAGAGUCCAGAGAGUGGCAAAAUCACUCGAAGUUUUCAUACGGAAUCCCGUGUGGAUCACACCACAGCUAGGGGGCUACUUGCAAGCAUCAGACGUUCCAGUCGAUAAUCCGAUGAUCGCAGAUAUGCUCGUACGAGGAAGUCAGCCGUACACGUUCUCUGAGAAGGAGCAGUCAAUGCUCGCUGAGGACCCCGAGCUGCUAUUGACAUUCAGGCGCUGCAUGGAAAUUGCGAUAUGCAACGCUUUAGGGGCUUUCAAAUACGGGUCCGAGAAACAAAUUGCAGUCUUUGAGUUUGUCAAGUCACAAAUGGAGGCUGGGCUUGGUGACAAUGAGGAGCUGAAGGCAAAACUUAUCCCAAAAUUUCCCGUUGGAUGCCGAAGACCAACCCCAGGUGCAGGAUAUCUUGAGGCUUUAACAGCAUCCAACACUCGAGUCAUCUUCGAUUCCAUCUUUGAGAUCACCGAAAAGGGGAUCAAAACUAAGGAUGGUGAAGAGCAUGAGUUCGAUGUCUUGAUCUGUGCUACAGGUUUUAACAUCGGCUUUUGUCCUUUCUUCGAAAUCAUUGGCAAAAACGGACUGUCACUACAGGAGGAAUGGACCCCAGACCCGAACUGUUAUCUUGGAAUUGCUGCCCCAGGCUUUCCCAACUACUUUUCGCCCCUUGGUCCUCGUGGUCCUUGGGGGAAUGGCACCGUGCUCACUGCGCUGGAAGGAAAUCUAGACUAUUUCAUCACUACGAUGAUUAAAAUGCAGGCAGAAGGCAUCAAAUCCAUGAUGCCUAGUCAACGAGCGACAAACGAGUUUGCUAUUCAUGCAGAUGAAUGGCAUCAAGACUCUGUGUGGAGCCAAGAAUGCAUGAGUUGGUAUAAGAGAUCAGGGCCAAGAGGUAAACCAUACCUCUGGUGUGGCACGACACCGGCCUAUAUGAAAACCAUGGCAACAGUGCGCUUCGAAGACUAUGAGUAUGAAUAUAAGAACAGCAAUCGCUUUGCAUACAUUGGCAAUGGGCAGGUCGCGGCUGAGUUUCUGCCAAUGAAGGAAAAGAUGACGAAGUUAGUCCCUUACAUAAGGAUUGCAGAUACACCUUGGGAGAUAGAGUAG